CGCACUCCUCCCCUUCCCCUCCCCUCUCCUCUUUGUUUUGUUUUUGUUUUGUUUCAGAUCCAUUCAUCAUCGCCAUUACGCAUACAGACAACACCCACUCUGCAUCACAUCACAUGUCCCUUCCUCCCCUCUUCCCUCCUGUAGUUACUUGACCAAGUGAAAUAGGCACCUCCCUCCCUCCCUCCAUUCUUAAUUUAGGAAGCAAGGUAUCAAUUGAACAUCAUCAUCAUUCUAACCUUGUCUUUUUCCCAUUUUGAGAUCUAUUAGAGAUUUGCCUCUUCCCCAACCCCACUCUGCAUUUGUUCUCGAGCGGAUCUCUCCUCCAAAUAGAACAUGGAAUCCGAUAAGAAAGCUUCCGCCGUGUCGGACGUCGGAGCAUGGGCGAUGAACGUCGUCAGCUCAGUCGGAAUCAUCCUCGCCAACAAGCAGCUCAUGUCCAACCACGGCUACUCUUUCAGCUUUGCAACGACGUUGACUGGAUUCCAUUUUGCUGUGACUGCACUUGUUGGGAUGAUUUCAAAUGCUACUGGGCUCUCUGCAUCAAAGCAUAUUCCUUUGUGGGAGCUUAUUUGGUUUUCAAUUGUUGCAAAUAUGUCUAUUACAGGGAUGAACUUCAGUCUCAUGCUAAAUUCAGUUGGAUUUUAUCAGAUUUCAAAAUUGAGUAUGAUUCCGGUGGUAUGUGUGAUGGAAUGGAUCAUUCAUAGUAAGCAUUACAGCAGGGAGGUUAAAAUGGCUGUUGUGGUGGUUGUCAUUGGAGUGGGGGUUUGCACUGUGACUGAUGUCAAAAUUAAUGCCAAAGGUUUUAUUUGUGCAUGUGUAGCAGUGUUUUCUACCUCAUUGCAACAAAUUUCCAUAGGUUCCUUGCAAAAGAAGUAUUCAGUUGGAUCUUUUGAGUUAUUGAGCAGAACAGCUCCAAUUCAAGCUGCGUCUCUCCUUGUGCUGGGUCCUUUUGUUGACUAUUUUCUUUCUGGAAACUUAAUACUAGACUACAAGUAUUCUUCUGGCGCAAUUUUCUUUAUACUGCUUUCAUGUUCUCUCGCCGUGUUCUGCAACAUUAGCCAAUACCUGUGCAUUGGGAGGUUCUCGGCAGUUUCGUUCCAGGUGUUAGGGCACAUGAAGACGGUUUGUGUACUCACUUUGGGGUGGCUGCUCUUUGAUUCGGAGCUGACUAUGAAGAAUAUCAUGGGAAUGCUGACUGCAGUGGUUGGAAUGGUGAUAUAUAGCUGGGCUGUGGAGCUUGAGAAGGCUGCCAAUGCAACAACAAAGAUCACUCCUGCCUCAAAGCACAGCUUGACAGAAGAGGAACUAAGAUUACUCAAGGAGGGAGUGGAAAACACUCCCAUUAAGGAUAUAGAUCUUGGUGAUUCAAAGGUGUGAUACUUCAAACCCACUUUGACCAUUUAUUUGAGCUAAUACACCUGGACAUAUGCGGACCCUAUCACACUAAAACUUACAAUGGAUU